AUGUCGAAGCAGUUGCCGGUUCCUUUGGCUACCUUGAUUGGCCGUGAGCUUCGAAAUGAGAAAGUUGAUAAUCCUUUUGUUAAGUAUGGGCAAGCUGGAUUGCCUAAGAAAGGAGAAGAUUACUUUCUGAUCAAAACGGAUUGCCGUAGGGUUCCUGGCGAUCCGUCCACAGCAUUUUCUGUUUUUGCGGUUUUUGAUGGGCAUAACGGUAUAUCGGCUGCUAUUUAUGCAAAAGAAAACUUGCUUAAUAAUGUUUUGAGUGCGAUACCGCAAGAUAUCAGCAGGGAUGCAUGGCUACAGGCCCUGCCCCGCGCUCUAGUUGUUGGUUUUGUGAAGACUGACACUGAGUUUCAGAAGAAGGGGGAAACUUCUGGAACAACAGUUACGUUUGUUCUGGUUGAUGGAUGGACUGUCACUGUUGCAUCUGUCGGUGAUUCCCGUUGCAUAUUAGAUACUCAGGGAGGUGUAGUUUCUCUCCUGACAGUUGAUCACAGACUUGAGGAGAAUGUAGAAGAGAGGGAACGUGUUACUGCCAGUGGUGGGGAAGUAGGAAGACUCAAUGUAUUUGGGGGAAAUGCGGUAGGACCUCUUCGCUGCUGGCCUGGUGGACUUUGCCUAUCUAGAUCAAUAGGAGACACAGAUGUGGGAGAGUAUAUUGUGCCAAUUCCACAUGUUAAACAAGUGAAACUUUCAAAUGCCGGUGGAAGGCUUAUUAUAGCCUCUGAUGGUAUUUGGGAUACUAUAUCGAAUGAUACAGCCGCCAUGUCAUGUCGGGGUCUACCUGCAGAACUUGCUGCUAAGCUAGUAGUUAAGGAAGCUCUAAGAUCUAGAGGCUUAAAGGAUGAUACAACCUGCCUUGUAGUAGAUAUUAUUCCUUCUGACCACCCUGUAUUACCACCAACUCCAAGAAAGAAACAUAAUAUGCUAACAUCACUCCUCUUUGGAAAGAAAUCUGAGAACUCUACAAACAAAGCUACGAGCAAGCUUUCUGCAGUUGGUGUUGUGGAGGAGUUAUUUGAAGAGGGUUCUGCAAUGCUUAUAGAAAGGCUUGGUAAGGAUUUUCCAUUUAAUAAGAAUUCAGAGAUUUUCCGCUGUGCGAUUUGCCAAGUGGAUCAACCCCCUGGGAAUGGUCUAUCAGUGAACUCCGGACCUUUCUUUUCUCCAGCAUCUAAGCCAUGGGAAGGCCCAUUUCUUUGCACAAACUGUCGAAAGAAAAAAGAUGCCAUGGAAGGAAAGAGGCCCAGCUCACAUUCUGUUACAGCACAGUAA